UCUCCAUCUAACCGCGCAUCCUGCUCCAGAGUACCACCAGGAUGAUCCGCCGCUGCGCCAACGCCGACAACCUUCACUUCACUUUCAUUCUCAUUUAACCCCCACUCUGACCCCCACGCUACACCCAUGCUUUGCCUUCCUCUUGAGAUGCGACACCGCUGCACGAUUUCCCGGAGAAUACCCUCAUCCUCAGUCGCUCCUCGCUGAUAGAGAGCAUGCCCGACACGGGGACGGCAGUGGCGGGCGCUGCUGCAGCCGGGGCGGCCGCCGGUGGCGCGACCACCUCCGGGGACGGCCCCGAGAGUUCCCGGCACCGACACCGAGCGCCGCAAGGAGACGCAGAGAGGCCGGAUCCAGGCUCGGCUCCGCCACAGACCUCCUCCGGCGUGCUGGAUAAGUUGUUCGGGAAGCGGCUGCUGCAGGCUGGAAGACACAUCAUGUCUCAUAAGUCUUGGAUGAAAACGGUGCCCACGGAGAACUGCGACGUCCUCAUGACAUUUGCAGAUACUACAGAUGACCACACGUUACUAUGGCUACUGAACCACAUCCGACUGGGAAUCCCAGAGCUCAUCAUCCAGAUCCGACAUCAUAAACACACGCGAGUCUACGCAUUCUUCAUCACCGCUACGUAUGAAAAUUUGCUGCGAGGCGCCGAGGAAAUGGGACUGAGGAAAGCGGUGAAACCCGAGUUCGGCGGAGGAACACGGAGCUUCUCCUGCGAGGAGGACUACAUCUACGAGAACAUCGAGAGCGAGCUGUGCUUCUUCACCUCGCAGGAGAGGCAGAGCAUCAUUAAAUACUGGCUGGACAACCUACGUGCCAAACAAGGGGAGGUGCUUCAUAACAUCAGCUUCCUGGAAGGCCAGCCAAUCAUCCCGGAGCUGAGCGCGAGAGGUGUGAUCCAGCAGGUGUUCCCUCUGCAUGAGCAGAGGAUCCUCAGCCAGCUGAUGAAGUCUUGGGUCCAGGCUGUUUGUGAGAAGCAGCCGUUAGAUGAUAUCUGCGACUACUUCGGGGUGAAGAUUGCCAUGUAUUUUGCCUGGCUGGGUUUCUACACCACCUCCAUGUUAUAUCCCGCCGUGAUCGGUUUUGUGCUUUGGAUGCUCACCGAGUCCGAUCAGGUUUCCACAGAAAACUAUAGACUCCAGAGUGCCUAUGAGAAAAAUCUCAUCAUCAAAAUGGUUCUUUUUCAGUUUGUAAAUUCCUAUCUCAGCCUUUUUUACAUCGGAUUCUACCUCAAAGACAUGGAGCGCCUGAAAGAGAUGCUGGCCACUCUACUCAUCAUACGCCAGUUCCUUCAAAACGUUAAGGAGGUGCUGCAGCCUUACUUGUAUGAGCGUCACAAGCUGGGAGAGCUUACGCUGCGAGCCGUGUGGGACCUGCUGCUGUCAGUGCUGCUGAAAUACGCCCGGCUGGCAGCUGGAAAAGCCAUGGCAUCUCCCACUGACCAGACCAUGCCAGGACCCGGACUGAGGGGCACCAGGCCUGGAGUGGGGCAGCCAGAAAGAAGGGAAAAGAAGUGUCUGAACGGAGGAUGUGGAGUGCCUGAUGAGGAGGAGGGAGCUGAGAAGGACGAGGCUGACAGCGGGAGGUUCAGCGAAGGAGAGACGGAGGAGGAAAGUUUGAUCGACUGCGGCUUGAAGCUGAGGAAAGUCAGCUUCAUAGAGAAGGUGGACAGAAAGGCGGCGUGCAGUGGGCCCCCUGUGGACAGCAGCUUUCUGGAGGAGGGAAGCCCCACCAUGGUGGAAAAGGGAAUGGACCCGGCCUCGGUGUUCGAAAUGUGCGACGACGACGACGACAACGACAACGGAAUUCAUGACGUGAAGGACUCGAAACGACUCGACACUUUCCAAGACUACCAGGAGAUGUUUGUCCAGUUUGGCUACGUGGUGCUCUUCUCCUCUGCCUUUCCUCUGGCUGCCAUGUGCGCUCUCAUCAACAACAUCAUUGAGAUCCGCAGUGAUGCCUUUAAGCUCUGCACCGGCCUGCAGAGGCCCUUUGGAGUACGUGUGGAGAGCAUCGGCCAGUGGCAGACUGCGAUGGAAGCCAUGGGCCUGAUUGCCAUCAUAGUGAACUGCUACCUGAUUGGUCAGUGUGGUCAGCUACAGCGUCUCUUUCCAUGGCUCAGCCCUGAGAUGGCCAUCAUCUCCAUCGUCAUCCUCGAGCACUUUGCCAUCCUGUUGAAAUACAUCAUCCAUGUGGCUAUUCCCGACAUUCCUACGUGGGUCAAAGAGGAGAUGGCUAAACUGGAUUACCAGCGCAGGGAGGCCUUUAAGAAGCACGAGCGGCAGGCGCAGCAGCAUUACCAGCAGCUGCAGAGGAGGAAGAGGGAGGAGGAGGAGAGGCAAAGGCAGGCGGAGCACAUGGCUCGCAGGGAGAGGGAGCGGGACGACAGCAAAGGCGACGUUUCGGGCGAUCACCACCACGACAAAGGUCACGGCAGCAAAUCACGUUCUGGGGGCGGAGGAGGGAGCGGCGGGUCGGACAAGCCCAAGAGGCCCAGCUCCCUGCUGGCCAAUAAUAACGUGAUGAAGCUGAAGCAGAUCAUCCCGCUGCAGAGCAAGUUCUCCUCGGGUGGCGCCCGCUCCCCACAGUCACCCACGGGCAGCGAGCCGAAACUGCCCGGCUUCUUGAGCUUCAAAUUCCUCAAGUCGCCUGAGAAUAAGAGGGAAGGCGCCGCGGCUUCUGCGGCCGCCGGCACCGCAUCUGCCAGCGCCACGGCAACAGCGGCGCCGUCAUCAUCGUCAUUAUCAGGUAGCAGCUCUCAGGAGCGUUCUCAGUCACCCAAUAAAGCCUUCAACCCCGGGAAGUUGUUUAACUUCGGGAAAUCCGAGGGAGGGACUUCCACAAACGGAGCUCCGCUGCCCAGGUCGGGAGAGGCGUCAUCAUCGCAGACGUCGGAAAGACAGCCUUCCCGGUCUGACUUGAAUGGCGUUCCAGACGAGAUCCCCUCACCCGGAGGGGAAGGCGCAGAGAACGGACAUUCGUCAGACUUGGACGCGGCUGGUUUUAAAAUCUAGCGCAACUGAUGUUUGGUUCCAUCUCACCUGAACAGGUGACGUGUUUACUGUGAGGCCUGACCUGCCCUCUGUGCUUCACAGGUGCAGGAGAAGCUGAUGAGGCCAGACUGUUGCUCUGGUUCGCUUUCUUUGCUGCGAGACAAAAAAAAGAAAAUAGAGAAAGAAACAAAAAAAACAGGCUUUGUAAGAAAGACGAAAGCCCUUCAUGACCGAACACACACACACACACACACACACACACACACACAAAUAUUCAAAUUCUUCCUUGUCUGCAAUACAUAAAGAAAUGCAUGAGCUGCGUUUCUAAUAUUUUUACGCCUUUGAAGCAGAGCUUUGUUUCCUGAUUUCUUCUGGUCAGAAAUUGUAAACAUCUCGGUGGCUUCACACCAACAGUCUGUCGUGGAGGGGAGGAGCUCAAGGGAAAAAAAGCUUACAUGGCGGUACGAACGGAUUAGAGAUUGUACAUCAGAUAAUUACUGAGUGUUUUUUAGCUGUCACCACACAAGCGAUCGUUAGAAAUCGUCUCAUUUUUAACCUGCGACGAGUUGUUGGGCCCUUCGCUUUCGUACUGAAGCUGAAGAGUGGAAAAGCAAUAUGAGUCAGUGUUUUUGUUUAUUAAGUGUCAAUCAUCGCAUAAGCCCCUCCUUAACAGUCACCAGCUUUAUUUUCAAAGCAGAGGUGAGGUCUGAGCUUUGCAGAACCCGGUUUGCUCCAACAGAAAGCGGCGAGCUUAGUAAGUCGUAAAAAUCACAGUAUUUUGGAAGAGCGAGCGAUGUUCGAGGAAAAGGAGCAGAGAUGCCCGUUGCGUGCUGUUCUCCAUCCAAGUCCGCAGAGCGCCUUGUAAACACAGAUGGUGCCUCAUUCCACAAACUCCAGCUAGACAAACGAGCACAGAGUUAAAGACGUAACAUUUGCACUAAAGCCCGACGCCCUGCAUAGAAACCACCUCGGCACAGAGGGCCCACACCAGCCUGCCUCGUCAUUAUGCAAAAAAUGCAUUUCUGGUCAUUUCCCCCUUUCACGUGGUGCACGCAGUCGGCAGCAACGAGCUUUCAAAAUAUUCAUGUUUUCUUCUUGAACAGCUGUUUUUAUUUGCAGAAGAUGGAAAUUCCCUUUUUUUUAACCAGUGCAGAACUUUUCAGAUUAUACUGUUAACCCAAGACGUACAGUCCUCUGUAAAGGUUUUAGGCACUAAGAUAUGUGAGAAUAUGUCAGUUUAGCUGACAGGAGUUCAGUAAAUAGAAAAACCCUACAUUAGUGAGAGCUUCAUUUGACUACACAGUCGCUCAGUCAUUAUGACAUCUUACCCAGAAUCCUUCUCUGCAGUCGGACUGUCUCUCUUCAUGCAUUUACUGGCUCACUUGAUGACAUCACCAUAAAUCGAGCCCCGGCUCCGACAGUCUCGGUCGUUGUGUCCUUGGGCAAGACAUUUCACCUGUUGCCUACUGGUGGUGGUCAGAGGGCCCGGUGGCGCCAGUGUCUGGCAGCCUCGC